UGACCUUGAACUUGCCAAGUAGCCAUGGAUGACCUUAAAAUCCUUGUGUUUCCUCACAGUCCCUCCCACAGCUUUCCGGUACUGGAAUCACAGGUGGAGGCCACCAGAAGUAUUUUUGGUUUUGGUUCUGGUUUUUUCCCAGAGAGAGGGAUGGGUAGUUUUAGACAGACAUGUUCUCAUGAUGUAGCCCACUUUGGCCUUGAACGCAUGAUGAUCCUGCCUCCUCUUCCUGAGAACUUGGAUUUCAGCUGGUAAAGCACUACACUGCUUGCUUGUUUGUUUGAACGUUUAAUUCUCUUGUGUUAUUUCUUAAAAUUGUUUUCAUUUAAAUAUUUAGUUGUAUUAAUACAGUGAUAGUUGCUGUUUCUUGUAGGCUUCCUUUAUAGCAGACAUAAUUUGAGGUAUUCUUAAUAUAGUCUAUUUAACUUUACAACUGUGAAAGGUAUGUACCAUUCUCCGUUUUGCUGGUGUAAUUAUUCCAAACCACAGGCCCAGUGGAAUCCUGUUAGGUGUGAGCAGUUCUAACUCCUCAGCAGCCUGGUGCUAUUUAUUUCUGUAAAAUAUGUAAUUACUGCUGUUGCUGUUAUUAAAUUACCAAGGUGGGUUAGGCUGUAGCUCAAUUGUAGAACGUUUGCCUCGGAGACCCAAGACCCCAGAUACAAUAGCUUAUCCAGGUCAGUGGCUCUGGGAGGCCUAUUGCUGAACAGUUUGAUGCAGUCUGCUCUACACAACCAGUUCUCCCAACAGCCGGGGCCAACUAGUAGGGAGACCUUUGCAAGCAAACAAAUAACAUCAUCAAGAAAUGUCACCGUUUAUUAUUCAGUCCUUAAGGCAGGUGUUAGUCGGUACCGCGUAAUUAUUCCCGUUUGAUUCCUGGGUCCAGUACCAAAAGGUGGGGCUCCAUAAACGCUGGUAGCCCAGCAUGGUGGAAGAUCUGGCAUCAUAGCCGAGUCUGCAGCAAGCAGCUCAGCAGUCCUGCACCCAGGAAGCUGGAGCCUUCCUUGCUAACCUCCUCCAGUCCCACUAGCCAAGUCCCCACCCUUCCCUAGAAAGCCCCAAGCCCCGGGAUAUGAACAGGACUAGGUAGGAUCUCAGCCUAGUUCUGAGUCACGUGUCCGAAGCGCUAGAGGUCGUUGCAGGGGUGUGGCUCGGGGGAGUGGUGGCUGGAGGAGGAGCAAGAUGGGGUCCUGCCUUCUGAGGUGUGCUGAGGCUUACCCUCUGAAAAGCAAACAUAAGAGGCUGUACAACCAGGUUAUCUCUGCGAUCAGCCUCAAGCAGAGAAGAAAGAUGGCCAAAGACAAGGGCCUCAUCAGCCCAGAAGACUUUGCCCAGCUGCAAAAGUACAUAGACUACUCCACCAAAAGUGUCAGCGAUGUGCUGAAGGUCUUUGAGAUGAACAAAUAUUGCCAAGGAGAUGAGAUUGGGUACCUGGGAUUUGAACAGUUCCUGAAAAUGUAUCUGGAAGUGGAGGAGGUUCCCCAUCACCUAUGCUGGACUCUGUUUUGGUCCUUCCAUAGCAGUCAAGACUUGGAUGAGGAGACUGAGUCAAAAGCCAAUGUGAUCUGUCUCAGUGACGUCUACUGCUACUUCACCCUCCUGGAAGGCGGCAGUCCGGAAGACAAGCUAGAGUUGCUGGGAUUACGGCCCACCAUGCCUGGCCUUGGGAUGAAUUCUUUGGCUCUCUCUCAUAAACUGACCCAGUUCCUCAAACACUUCACAGUCACCUUCAAGCUGUACGACAUGGACAGAAAUGGGAUCCUAGACAGCACAGAAGUAGAAAAAAUCAUCCUGCAAAUGAUGAGAGUGGCUGAAUAUCUGGACUGGGAUGUGUCUGAGCUGAGACCGAUCCUUCAGGAGAUGAUGAAAGAGAUGGACCGGGAUGGCAGUGGCUGUGUCUCCCUAGCUGAGUGGGUCCGGGCUGGGGCUACCACUGUGCCCCUGCUUGUCCUUCUGGGGAUAGACAUGACUAUGAAAGAUGAUGGACACCAUAUAUGGAGACCCAAGAGAUUCUCCAGACCGGUCUACUGCAACCUGUGCGAGUUGAGCAUUGGCCUCGGCAAACAAGGCCUGAGCUGUAACCUCUGUAAGUACAUUGUUCAUGACCACUGUGCCAUGAAGGCCCAGCCUUGUGAAGUCAGCACCUAUGCCAAGUCUCGGAAAGACAUUGGUGUGAGUGACCCUAUGCCUGCUCAUUCCCACACUGCUAACCCCAUCCUGGCCCUGGUCCCUAUCCCCUUUCUGCCCUCAUUGCUCUCCACACACGAGGUGCUCCCAGACAAGGGCUUUCCUCUCUCCCCUAAGGUCCAGCCACACGUAUGGGUUCGAGGAGGCUGUCAUUCUGGACGCUGCGACCGCUGUCAGAAAAAGAUCCGGACCUACCACAGCCUAACGGGACUGCACUGCGUGUGGUGCCACCUGGAGAUCCACGAUGACUGUCUGCAGGCUGUUGGUCCCGAGUGUGACUGUGGACUGCUCCGUGAUCAUAUCCUGCCUCCGUGUUCCAUCUACCCCAGGGUCCUGGUAUCUGGACAGGAGUGCAAACAGAAGACCACAGAUGUUACGAGCCUGUGCACCCCUGAGGCUUUUCGGAUUGAACCUGUUUCUAACACCCACCCCCUUCUGGUCUUCAUCAAUCCUAAGAGCGGAGGCAAGCAGGGGCAGAGCGUGCUUUGGAAGUUCCAGUACAUUCUGAACCCUCGGCAGGUGUUUAACCUGAAGGAUGGUCCGGAGCCAGGGCUCAGGUUUUUCAAAGACGUUCCUCAGUUCCGGGUGUUGGUGUGUGGUGGAGACGGCACCGUAGGCUGGAUUCUAGAGACCAUUGACAAAGCCAACUUUCCCAUUGUGCCUCCAGUCGCUGUGUUGCCCCUGGGCACUGGAAAUGACCUGGCUCGGUGCCUAAGAUGGGGAAGAGGUAUUCUGUAUCCAAUUCGCAUCUUCCUGAAGAAGACCUGAGAACGCAUAUGCCCAUGCUACUGAGUCUAGCUCUCCUUGGUUCUGUGUAUUCACAUGGGGUGGGGGGAGUCCCCGGAGCUGUAGACAAGCACUUCACCCACUGACUUACUUCACCCAACCCACUUGUGACAUUUUAACAAACACACCGGUGAUACCAGACCCACUGUCCUAGGACUUUCUUUCAAAUUAUGUGUCUACGACCUUAGCAUACUAUUAUAUUUUACUGUUCCCAAUACCUGCUUAGUAUUUUAUGGCAUAGAUGUUUAUACUGAGGAAUAGUUAGCUUUUUUUUUCAUUUAUUUCUAAGAAUAUUUUGCUACACAUCUAAUCCUGCAUGUGUGCAUGCAUGCAUGCAUGUGUAUGUUAGCUUCUACAGGAGAAAUUUCUAAAAGUGGAAUUGUUGUGUCAGCAAUUGUCAGAAUUGCUCAGGAGAAGUGGCUCAGAGGCUAAGAGCACCAACUGCUCUUCCAGAGGUCCUGAGUUCAAAUCCCAUCAACCACAUGGUGGCUCAGGACCAUCUGUAAUGGGAUCCAAUACCUUCUUCUGGUGUGUCUGAGGACAGCUAUAGUAUACUCAUAUAAAUAAAGUAAAUCUUUUUGAAAAAGUUUUAAGGGGCUGCAGAGAUAGCUCAGUGGUUAAGAACACUGGCUGCUCUUACAGAAGACCCAAGUUCGAUUCCCAGCACCCACAUAGCAGCUCACAACCAUUAUGUAACUCUGGUUCCAGGUAAUACAAUGCCCUCUUCUGGCCUCUGUAGGCACUAGGCAUGCAUGUGCUCUACUGACAUUAAUUCAGGCAAAUCACCUAUGCACAUAAAAUAAAGAUUAAUAAAAAUUAAAAAAAGAAAGGGCUAAGUUUAAUGCUCUAAGUUUAUCUUUAACUUCCGUUGGUACAGGGCCAGGAAGGCUUGGCUAAUGGCAUUUACUGUGACCAGUUUACCUGUUCGCUUUGUUUCUCUGAUUACCACGUCGGUCUGGCUUUGCUGGUCUGGUUUUGGGUUUUGUUCUUUGAUUUGUCUUAGUGUGUGGUAUUCACUCCCUAGAUCUCAACACACAGACCAGGCUGGCCUCCAACUCUUAGCAAUCCAAUGGACGCCACCUUCCAAAUGCUUAGAUUAAAUGCACCACCAUGCUCAGCUUCUGGUGGUUUUUAGCUAUUCCAUGAUACAAAAUUUUGGGAGUGCCGGGUACUGUUGGAAAAUUUAAGCUGCCUCUUUGAAAAUCUGCCUCCUGCCCAGUUCUGUUCAUUCCUUGCCUGCCAUAACAAUAUUUUGUUAAACAUUUUGUUAAAUAUCCUCUAAAAAUGAGUAACUCACCUACAUUAAAAGUACAUGAGAGUACCAAUUUUUAAAAAUUUAUUUAUUAUAUAUGAGUGCACUGUCUCUGUCUUCAGACACACCAGAAGAGGGCAUCAGAUCCCAUUACAGAUGGUUGUGAGCCACCAUGUGGUUGCUGGGAUUUGAACUCAGGAUCUCUGGAAGAGUGGUCAGUGCUCUUAACCACUGAGCCAUCUCUCCAGCCCGAGAGUACCAAUUUAUUAAUAAACUCAUUAAUGGUUCAAGGCUGGCCUGGCCCAGGAUGGUUAGCUUUAAUCUGAUAGGCAACACGAAGUUAGCUGUGAUUAUCAUCUCUUCUAACUUUAGUGAUACUGGACAUCUUUGAUAGGUAUGUCACUGGUGUUUCUCCUGUGACACUUCUGUGUUGUGGGCUUUAACGCAUGGGUCUGUGGGUUUGUGGUGGCUUUGACUUUUUGUUUUGUUUUGUUUUUAAAUUAGAUCCCACAUUGCAUUAGGCAAGCAGUACAACUGAGCUAUACCCCAAACCUUUUAAGCAUUUUUUAAUGCUAGGAAAUGUAAUCUUUUACAGGUUAUUUUUUUUCCAGUUUAUGAAUUGUUGUUGUUUUUUGUGGUUCUUUAUUUUGUAGUGCCAGAGAUGGAACGUAGGUUCUUGUACAUGGUAGACAUGGGCGCUCUACUGUGAAGGGGCAUCUUCUGCCCUUUGUCAAUCUUGUUUUUUUUUUUUUUUUUUUUUGGAGCUGGGGACCGAACCCAGGGCCUUGGCGCUUCCUAGGUAAGCGCUCUACUACUGAGCUAAAUCCCCAGCCCCGGUUUUUUUUUUUUUAAGACUUGUAUUUAGUUAACCAAACAGAAAGGUUAGAUUUAUUGUCAGGAGGUGGUUAGGGUUAGGGUUAGGGUUAGGGUUUCAGCACUCGGGAGACAGAGGCAGGCGGAUCUCUGAGUUUGAAGUCAGCCUGGUCAGGUAUACAGAGUGAGUUCCAGGACAACUAUGGCUACACAGAGAAAUCCUGUCUUGAAAAACCAAAAAUAAAAAUAUAAAUAAUAAAAACAAACAUACUUGUUGGCAUGUUUUUGUAUGUUUGGUUGGUUUGGUUGGCUUUUUUGUUCGGUUGUUUUUUUUUUUGUUUGUUUGUUUUUUUGUUUGUUUUUUGUAAACACAGUUUUUCUGUGCUCUGUAGGCCAGGCUGACCUGGGACUCAGAUCCACCUGUCUCUGCCCCACCUCCCCAACCCCGAGUGAGACGUGAGCCAACACAGCUCUGCUGUGUUUUUGUGUUUUGGGUCAAGGUAUCAUUGUGCAGUGCAGGAUGGCCUUGAACUCCCAUGUGGCCCAGGAUGGUUUUAAGCUUUCAAUAAUCCUCCUCCUAUAGCCCCCCACGUGCUGGGAUUGUAGACAUGGCCACCACAGCUGGCUGUUAAUUCAUGCUAUUCAGGUUUGUCUUUCACUACUCAAGGUGUGUUGGAAUAAGUUCUACAAUGUACACACACACAUCGGAAAUGCUUAUUUUCCGUGACAGGAUGGGAGGGACAGCGAGAGGCUGACUUUGUCAUUGUCAUGGAGCCUGGGCAUCUUGCCCUUUGCCUGGCAAAGGGCUGGGGGCUCCUACAGAAGAGGCAGCGGGUGGGGAGCCUGCAGACGGGCUCAGAGUGGGCUCUCUGAGGCGCAGGGGUCACUGCAAGCCUGUCUUCUCCGCUUCUAGGUUAUGAAGGUGAGAACUUGAGAAAGAUUCUCAAGGAUAUAGAGAUAAGUAAGGUGGUAUAUCUCGAUCGAUGGCUCCUGGAA